AUGAGCGUCAAAACUCCUCUUAAUGUCGGGAAUGUUGCGGGCUCGGGACGGAUUGGUCUUACUCUGCACGGUCGCCAGGCAGUCUUCACAGAACUAUCAUAUCGCUACCCUCUGAAAUUACUCUCGCCUCGUGUCACCGAGCCUACCGUCGCUAUCGCGUAUGUCUUGACGUAUGGAGGUGGCCUUGUCAGCGGAGAUCGAACUCAUCUGCAUGUCGACGUCGGCUUGGGCGCAUCGCUUCUGCUUCUUACUCAAGGCUCUACCAAGGUCUUCAAGCAUAGGCCUGGUGCUAGGCUCGCUAAAGCUGCAGAGGAAAUAUCGGACACCUUUGGUGCUUCCACUGUCCAACGACUAGAAGUUCAUGUACAGACGGACGGGCUGCUUCUCCUCUUGCCUGACCCAAUAACGUGCUUCUCUGCUGCCUCAUACAACCAAGUCCAGACUUUUCACCUUGAAGACGGUGCUUCAGUAGUUGUGCUGGACUGGAUCACUUCAGGACGAAUGUCAAGAGGCGAAGAAUGGCAGUUUUCACGUUAUUAUAGCGUCAACGAGAUUUGGGCAUGCAAGAAAAGGGCAGCUAGGGACGUUCUAUUAUUGGAGGGUUGCGAAGACAAUGCCAGGCCACUAAAGGAACGGAUGGGGAUAUACUCCUGCUAUGCAACGCUUUUCCUAUGCGGUCCGAAGUUGCGAACAGUCGUCGGGGCAUUAUCAGCGGACUACCAUGAGAUAUGCGUUUACCAACAAUCUUCUCCCUCGGACUUGCUUUGGUCAAUGAGUUGCAUAGAACAAGGAUGUGUUGUGCGAGUAGCCGGGAUGACAACAGAGUCGGUAAGACAGUGGAUACGGACGUCUUUGAAUAGGCUUGAAGAGCAUGUAGGAGCUGACGUACUCGGAAAAGCAUUCCUGUAGAUUCAGAAUAGGAGUGUAAGAAGAUAGAUAGAUUAUUUUAAUACUGCUGGAGCAGCUG